UCUUUCUACAAGAAGUGUUUAAAAAUGUGUUACCGAAGUCCAGACUUACCGUUUUUGCCCGGGUUCACUUUUAAUAGUAACCUGGGCAGGACCAAGUUCAAUAUGGACCCCAAGUUCGAACAUUUAGGACCUGGUAUAAGAGCUCUAAAGGAAAAAGUGAAGCCCAAUAUGUUGGGUAUACUAUCCGAUAAGUAUCCUUCCAUAUAUCCUAGAGGUGAAGCUACUGAAAUCCCAGCUUGGUUGUGUUUUGAUAAACAAAUUCUGGUUUUCGAGGGUUUUUUUCAAGAAACCCUUCAAGAGUAUCGAGCCGCACCUUUCAUAGUGCGCAAAGUUAAAAUCUUCUUCUACCUGGAAGACGGCACCAUACAGGUCAUAGAACCGAAAGUAAAGAACAGCGGCAUAUCUCAAGGGACCCUGAUAUCUCGGUCGCGAAUCAGGUUCCCCGACCCUAUGUCGGAGAAUUUCUACGACAUCCUGGACUUCAACAUAGGCAGAGAAGUUGAGUUCUACGGGAGAGUGUUCAAGAUCACCCAGUGUGAUGAGUUCACGCGGAACUUCCUCAACAGAUGCGGCAUAGCCGUCCCAGAUCCCAUUGUUGAACCCAGCGACCCGUACUUGGAGCAACGAAAGGCAGAGGGGGAUGGGACGCAGCCCAAAAAACCCAACAGAUCGGUGGACAUCCGCGGGAAAUUCCUGGAAAACGACAGAAAAGUCCUACGAUUUAAGUGCUACUGGGACGACAGAAAGACCCAGUUCGGCUACAUCCACAACCUAGAAGUUCUGUUCUAUCUAGCUGACGACACCGUCGAAAUCAACGAGAAACAUGAAGAAUCGUCUGGGUUGCCGAAUUUCUGCUUUUUAAAGCGCACCAAGCUUCCCAAAGUGUACAAAGGCCUACCCGCGCCUGGAUGCGACGCACCCAACACCAUACUGAACGUGUUGGGCCAGUCCUUCAACAAAAGAUACACUGUGGACCCACUGGAUUGCGGGAAAGAAGUUACCGAGUAUUACUCGGAAAAAGACUUCAGCAUAGGCGGUACUCUGAACUGCUACGGUCGCAACAUAGUAAUCAUAGACUGCGACAUGUUCACCAAGGACUACUUCUCCAAGAACUACGGUCUGGAAGAGUUAAUCCCAAUAGACGCCCCGAAAAACAAAAUAGAAAUUGUAGCCAAGGAGCGUAAACUCCCGCCUUGGAAUGGUUUUGGGAGUUACGAGGACACAGUGCAAAACUGCAUAUCGGUUCAGCCGAAAGCGCCUCAUAGAGACUUCAAAAAGUUUCUCUCCUACGAUAGAGACGGGAUGGACAGCCACAUCCUACGGUUUGAAGCUCGCUUGGUCUCCAAAAACGAUAUCAACUGCACCAGGUCAUUUAUUAUUUCCUACUUUCUCACAGAUGACACCAUUCAAGUGAAUGAAAUAGCCAAAGAUAAUUCAGGUUUCAAGACGUCGUGCUUCUUUCAAAGAUGCCCUGUUAAGCUGCCAGGUCAAAGGGUAUUCAGCAGCGAAGCCCCUUUGUACUACACACCCCAACACAUGUUCAUAGGGGCUACGUUGAUCAUAAACGGGUUCCAAUUCGUCCUGAUCAACGCCGAUGAAUACGCGUUGAGGUUCAUGGAGUUAAACCCAACAAUAUAUCCCAAGGCUAACAUUGAGGUCAUCAUGGAAAAAGUUCGGGAUAAAUUGGUGCCAAUCUACAAGGAUUUCGUUGCUGAAAAUAUACCGAAUGAAGCACCCACUAUCUCAUAUGAUGCCCUAAGGUCGAAGUUGUGUAGAAUCAUGGGAAAAGAUUUCACAGAACACGAAAUGAUCACCAUAGCCAGAGCUUUUUCGGCCGUUUGCACCAAGGAACGAUACGACAGGGAAAAAGUGAGAGCCUUGGCGUUAACUGAGCUCAAAAGGUUUCUGUGGGAUGAUUGGGUGCGUUUACGGGAGUACUUGAUGCAGAGGGACCCUGAAAGAACCGGUCUUCUAUCGCAAAAAGAUGUGUAUACCGUUCUUAAAGCUUGCAGAAUACCGUUCGAUAACAAUCUCAUUGAUAAAAUGCUGGAGGUGUCCAAGAAGGAUGAACAAUGUAAUGUUUACUAUAUGGAUGUGUUGAACUUUCUGGAUAGGAGAAUAUGCCCUCCUCCAGAUGUCAUUCCAGUGAAUGUUAAGAGUGAGCUAUGGUGGGGUCUGGAUAGAGAUGCUGAUCCAAGUCUUCUAAUAGAUUGGUGUGCCUUCAACAAGCAUCUUAAUCUCGAAGAAAGCUUCAAGCAACCUGUGACAGAUAAAGACGUGAAAUACUUGGAACAAAAACGCCUCAUUUAAAAAAAUUUAUUUCACAAACAUUCAUC